AUGAAUUCUUCUAAAACAACUAAUCUUUUCAUAUUACUUAAUCUAACUAUUUUCACAUGUGUCUCAUCCACCAACCCACCAUGCCCUCCAACAUCUCUCCCUAAACCACCAACCAGUAGCAAGUGCCCUAAAGACACCCUAAAAUUUGGUGUCUGUGGUGACUGGCUAGGGCUAGUUCAUGAAGUCAUUGGAGCUCAACCAGAUAGUGAAUGUUGCACAUUGAUUAAAGGUCUAGCUGACCUUGAAGCAGCAUUGUGUUUAUGCACAGCAAUUAAGGCUAAUGUGCUUGGUGUCCUUAAGGUUAAUGUCCCUAUUGCUCUUAGUUUGGUGCUCAAUUCUUGUGGAAAGAAGGUUCCGGAAGGGUUUAAGUGUGAAUGA